CCCAUGACAUUUCCGUAGAUGGACGUUUCGCGUGUCUCGGAUUGCCCACUUUAUUUACUCUGAUUGUCCCUUCGCGAGACCAAUAGUAUUCCUUCCGGAAGAUCAACGCCUCAGUGUCGCGCUAACAUAUUUUGGUGAAGGUCGUGAGUUCUUCUUGUACUCCACAAUGUCUCUGGCUAAGCCUGCAAUGCGAGGACUCCUCGGGAAGCGUCUGAGGUUCCACCUGCCCAUCGCCUUCGCCCUGUCAGUGGUGGCUGCAGCAGCUUUCAAGUACGGCGUAACAGAACCAAGGAAACAGGCCUAUGCCGAUUUCUACAAACAUUAUGAUGCCACAAAGGAGUUCAACAACAUGAGGGAAGCUGGUAUUUUUGAAAGUGUCAGGCCAACUGGUGAAUAAACCCCCGUUGCAUCCCAUUGUGCAUUCCUGGUCUGAUGUUCCUGCUCUGUGAUUGACUGAUCGAACAUUGCUGUUAUGUUCUCAUAAAUAAACUAUUCUCUCUA